UGACAGAAGGACUCCACGAGGAUGAGCUCCUUCCUCGAGUACCCCGUCCUCGGAGGCGAGGCGGGGGGCUGCGCCGCCCGCGCCUACCACCCCGACCACGGGAUUACAACUUUCCAGCCCUGCGCCGUCAGCGCCAGCAGCUGCAGCGGGGAGGACCGCUUCCUCGCGGGCCGCGGGGUGCCCAUCAGCCCCCACCGCCACCACCACCAUCACCCCCCGGCCCAGCCCGCUGCUUAUCAGCACCACAGCGGCCUGGGGGUGUCCUACGCGCACCCCGGCUGCGGCCCGACUUACGGCGCGCAGGGCUUCGGACCGGCGUACGGCCCCUACCCCCUCGGGCAGGACGCGGAGCUGGGAGGCAGCUUCCCACCCUGCACCCCUGCCGUGUACUCGGGGAGCAUCUCCUCGUCCGCAGCCGCGCAGCAUCCUCACCAGGGCUACGCGGGGGGGCCCACUCAGUACGUGCCUCCCCCCUACGGGCAGGAGCAGCAGAGUCUGCCCCUGGGCACCUACAACCAUGCUCUGUCUCCCCUCCACGCCGGCCAUCGAGAAAACGCCCGCUCCCCCUCCGCCGAGACCUCGCCACCGGCGCAAACCUUCGACUGGAUGAAAGUGAAAAGAAACCCACCCAAAACAGGCAAGGCUGGUGAGUACGGCUUCGUGGGGCAACCCAACACCGUCAGAACUAACUUCACCACCAAGCAGCUCACCGAGCUGGAGAAGGAAUUUCAUUUCAACAAGUACCUGACCAGAGCCAGGCGAGUGGAAAUCGCCGCCUCCCUUCAGCUCAACGAGACGCAGGUGAAGAUCUGGUUCCAGAACCGUCGGAUGAAGCAAAAGAAACGGGAGAAAGAGGGGCUGCUGCCCAUCUCCCCCGCCACCCCCACGGGCUGCGAGGAGAAAGCGGAGGACUCCUCAGAGAAGUCCUGCUCGUCCCCCUGCAGCGCCUCGCCCGCCUCCUCCGCCUCGGACACCCUGCCUGCCACCAACUGAGGCCCGC